AUGAUGUCCAUGAACAGCAAGCAGCCUUUCGGCAUGCAUCCCAUGCUGCAUGAGCCGAAAUAUGCUCCUCUCCAUUCAAGCUCAGAAGCCAUCCGAAGAGCCUGCCUGCAAGCACCACAGCUUCAAGGCAACAUCUUUGGUGGUUUUGAUGAAACUUUACUCAGAGGAGCUGAAGCUUUGGCUGCUGUGGAUAUUGUAUCUCAGAAAACACAUCCGUUCAAGCCAGAUGCCACUUACCAUACUAUGAGCAGCGUGUCCUGCACGCCAACGUCUUCGACGGUGCAUCUGCACCACCCUUCAGUUUUAACAACCCACCAUUCCCAUCACCCUCACCAUCAGUCUUCACAGGGCUUAGAUGCGGAACUUCUAGAUCACCUAAACCCUCUUACCUUAGGAGGUGUCCCAGAUGUCGGAUCAAAUCCCUCCCAUCCUCACGCUCAUAUGUCUGCCAUCAACCACAUGGUCCAUCAUACACAGUCUAUGAACAUCUCCCACAACCAUGCAUUGGCAAAUCACACAACCAUUUCCUGCUCUGAAAGCGAGACAGACCCGAGAGAACUUGAAUCAUUUGCAGAAAGAUUCAAACAGAGGAGAAUAAAACUUGGUGUAACUCAGGCCGAUGUUGGUUCUGCUUUGGCUAACCUGAAGAUCCCAGGUGUUGGUUGUCUCAGUCAAAGCACCAUUUGCAGGUUUGAGUCUCUCACAUUGUCUCAUAACAAUAUGGUGGCUUUAAAGCCCAUUUUGGAAGCCUGGCUAGAAGAGGCAGAAAGAGCUCAAAGAGAAAAAAUGACCAAACCUGAAAUUUAUACUGGAGGCGACAAGAAACGCAAGCGUACCUCCAUUGCUGCUCCAGAAAAAAGAUCACUAGAAGCUUAUUUUGCUGUUCAGCCAAGACCUUCUUCAGAAAAGAUUGCAGCUAUUGCAGAAAAACUAGACUUAAAAAAGAAUGUAGUGCGGGUCUGGUUUUGUAAUCAGAGGCAGAAACAGAAAAGAAUGAAGUUUUCGGCAACGUACUGA